GCUGUCAAAAUCGUACCGUAGUGCUGUGACGUCACACCUCAUAUGAUUCCGAGUCAAAACACAAGACUGAGCUGAGGAGGAAAUCAGAGCAGACGAAAUCAUGGCCAUAGCAGCAGCCCAAGGAAAAUUAAUUGCCGUCAUUGGCGAUGAGGACACGUGUGUUGGUUUUCUCCUAGGAGGUAUAGGAGAGAUAAACAAGAAACGGGAGCCAAACUUUUUGGUUGUUGAUAAAAAUACCAGUGUACAGGAAAUAGAGGAAGUAUACAAGAAAUUCAUGAAGAGGGAUGACAUUGAUAUCAUCCUCAUAAAUCAGAAUAUUGCUGAACAAAUCCGCCAUGUCAUAGACACUGACAACGAUAACCCACUGCCUGCUGUUCUAGAGAUUCCUUCGAAAGACCAUCCGUAUGAUCCCACAAAAGACUCUGUCCUUCGGAGAGCCAAGGGUCUCUUCAGUGUUGAUGACAUGCGCUAAAAGCUGGGAUCUUAUACCCAAGCUGUUUCGUUGUACAUUCCAUGGCUUGGCAGCAAAAAUUAUGCACAAUUAUUUUUCAUUUUCUCUUACUUGUGAGGGUUGUUGUUGUGAAGUUGUGUAAGGGUUGAAAUACUCAUACCUAAGAUUCAUAUAUUUGCAACAUUUUAAAAUUGUAUCAAAUCAACUAACAUGUAUGCAAGUUUUGAAUUUUGUAAUUAGGUGUUUCAUAGUCACUAUAAAUGUAUAGAUAAUAUAGUUUAUUGUUUGAA